CUGUAUCAUUGUUUUAGUUGUUGAAUUUGCAUAAUAAUGACAAUGUCUUCGUUCUCAUGCGCUACUACUGUUUUUCUACUGCUUCUACUCACAAUUGACCUUCGCAUGGCAGGUGCACCAUUACUAACCAACGUUUAUCCUUACUUUAACUAUAAAGAUAACCCACGUGACAUAUUACUAUCCUAUGCUAUUUUCACAUCACCAAAUGUUGUGGUACAAGAUGGUCAAUAUGGGUACCAGAAUCUUUUUGAUGCUAUGCUAGAUGCAGUGCAUGCUGCCAUUGAUAACACUGGAAUUGGUUUUGUUGAGGUUGUUGUUUCUGAGAGCGGGUGGCCCUCAAGUGGAGAUUUUGGUGCAACUUAUGAUAGUGCCCAGAUUUAUUUGGAUAAUUUGAUUCGUCAUGUUAAUAGGGGUACUCCAAGAAGAUCUUGAAAACCUACGGAAAUUUAUUUGUUUGCUAUGUUUGAUGAGAACCAGAAGAAUUCAGAGCUAGAAAAACAUUUUGGACUUUUCUUUCCUAACAAACAGAAGAAGUAUUCAUUCGGAUUUGGUGCAGAAAGGGGAUUGGAAUUCUUUAAUGCAACAAUUCCAUUGAAGAGUGACAUUUGAGGUUGGCAUCCAUGUUAGUGUGGUUUUUGUUUUUGCUUUCUUUUUUAUAGUUACUAUUAGGGCUGGAAGUGAGUCAAGCCAGCUCAUGAGCUGGCUCGAGCUCGACUCGUUAAUAGCUCGAUAAGCUAAGCUCGUAAGUUAGUGAGCCAAGCUUGAGCUUGGAAUUGAGCUCAUAAAUUAAAUGAGCUGAGUUUGAGCUUGGAUAAGCUCAACUCAUUAACUCAUGAGUUGACUCGAUUAUAUAUAUAUAUAUUAAUACACAUAUCCUAUAUGUAUUUAAUCUAUAUUUUUAAUAUUAUAUAUAUACAUAUGAAAUAGUAUUAUAUAAUUAUAUA